AGAAGUGAGGGGAAGAAAUGGCAAUGACGACUGCAACAUUGAACGAUGGCAAGAUAAAUCGAUCCAAUACAAGCCCGCCGAGCUUGAGACUACAACUUAGAUUUAUCAAAACAAUCUAUCAAAACUUAACAAAUGUCUACUUCCUCUUGAUCGAACAAGGCGCCUCCACCUCGAUUGCCUCGACAAAGAAUGCAUUGACGAUACAAAUGAACAGCUUGAAAGCUCAAGUUAGAGGAGAUUUGAUUGACAAUGCUUCUUCAUCACGAUCUCAAACACCUUCCGGAUUGCGGUCCAAAUCAACUUCUGGUGGAUUAUCGGAUUUGCGCCCAGAACACAGUAAACGAGUCAAGGAUAUUCACCUCUUUGAGGCUUUAUUGCGUCCCAAUGUAGGUGUGAAAGGAUCAAUGGCAUCCACUUCUACUCAGAAUUCUUUCAUGCCAUCUUUAAAGCAAGCCAUUCAGGCCAUCGAAGUCAUCAAUGAGAUACUGAACGAGUUGAUGGAACGCGCAAAUGUGCAUGCAGCCAAUCAAGCUCGUAUUCGAACAUUGGUGGCCGAGAUCGAACAACGAGAUACAACUAUGGUACAAUCAAUAAGAAAGCUAGCAAGCCUACGUGAAAGCUGCCAUAGGCUUGUCAAGCUUGGUAAAGAAGAAGAAGAUUCGAUCAAACGUGCAGAGAGCAAACCGUUGGCAUAUGAUGAUAUUCUACAUUAUGCUAGAACAUUGUCACAAACUACUACUGCUCCUCCUGGCUUUAAGUUGCAACUUGAUGAAGAAGGUGAAAGAUCACAUGAUGCAGAUCCAGCCGGUGAUCAGCCGGCCAAGAAGAGAAAGUUAUUCCAGUUAGCCGGUGAUGAUGACGAUGAGGCAGAAGCAGGUAAGAAUGGGCAAAUCCCCUCACAUUUGCAAGACAAGCUACCUUUCCCAUCAAUUGAUGCGAUUCGAAGAGGUGCGAGUGUCAUUCGACCGCCAACAUGGGAUAUGUUCCAAAAGGGUAUCCUUCAAAUGGAUCAAGAAGAUGUUGAUGGUAAUCCAGAAACAAAUGGUCAAUUGCAAGAACAAGAAGCGCAAUACACUCGUCCUUCUGCCCCUACAUCUAAAUCACAGCCCAGGAAAGCACAACCAGUUGAAGAGGAAGAAGAUGGAUUUGGACUUGAUUUGAACUGA